UUCAGUCGCGACGUGUAUACACGUCUGUGACCGCCGACUUCAAUUAAAACGCAACUGGAAAAAUCGCGCGGGAAAUCCAAUAGGAUCAUUACAUGAUAAAAACCUUUUUAAUUUUUUUUUAUUUAACUUUUUUUCUAGCUUGUGUUUCUGAACUUAAGAUGUAGUUUUGAAAAGUAGUGAAGUUCGGAAUUGGCGGGUUAAUGUGCGCGAGUGAGAAGGGAGAUAUGGAGAGCCCGGGCGAGGAAACGGGACGGAGCGUACCCCCGCACACCCCCGCAACGCAACCGAACGGGUCCAAUAAGAUAAUCGGACGCAACGUGAAUGGGACCAUGGUGGUGACGUCAGCCCCCGCCAACGAAGCCGAGCUGCAGCUGUACAGGGUGAUGCAACGAGCCAGCCUACUCGCAUACUACGACACCUUAUUAGAAAUGGGAGGCGACGACGUCCAGCAACUCUGUGAUGCCGGCGAAGAGGAAUUCCUAGAGAUCAUGGCUUUAGUAGGCAUGGCAUCCAAACCUCUCCACGUGAGGAGACUCCAAAAAGCCCUUCAAGAAUGGGUGAACAAUCCUGCCCUAUUCCAAAUCCCCAUCGUCCCAAACCUGUGUCCAACGGAAAACCCCUUUCUACCUUGUAACCAAAGAUUAUUAAACAUCCCACCCAAUAUACCUACUCUACCUCGAACAGUAGCCUCGCCAGACAAUAACAGACCAAUGUAUAGUCCAUCUCCUGGCGCUCCAGAGAAUUCCUGCAGUUCAAAUACCUCAGCUCCUAACGCAAGUCCUGUACAUAGUCAGAGCACGUUUACUAAAAUAGUCCUUCCUGUAUCCCCAGCACCCACAGCUCCCGUAACAACUACUUCAAGAUCCUUUUCUCCACAAAGUGCUUGCCCUCCUGCUUCGUCAGGAUCUAGUCCUAGCUCAGUCACUUCUCCCGUCCAUUUAACACCAGUCUUACUAGAUAUCCAUGUACAAAAGUUGGCAGCUGCAGCGGAGAAGUUAAGUAAGCACUUACCCCAGCUAGAACCAAAGCCUCAGAAUACGAAAAAGAAGAUGUGUAAGGACUUGGAGUUGGUGAUGAUGAUGCCGGAGACGGAUCCGAGGAGGAUGGAGGAGAUCAGGAAGUACGCGGCGAUCUAUGGACGGUUUGACUGUAAACGGAAACCGGAAAAACCACUGACGUUGCAUGAGGUGAUGGUGAACGAGGCAGCAGCUCAGAUGUGCCGCUGUGUACCCGCGCUGCUCACGCGGCGAGACGAACUAUUUCCCCUGGCCAGACAACUUGUAAGACGAGCUGGCUUACACUACUCCAAACAUGGAUUACCUCCAUCUACUGCGAGUGAAGAAAGAGAUCGAGACGAGGACGAGACGCCCAGUAAACGACCGCGGCAGGACGGAGAUGACGGAAACGGAGUCAGAACCAGUCCGGAGACUGCAAGGAGUUCUAAUCACGGUUGGUGGGGCAUGAAGACAGAAAGUGACGACGCUGAUUCUAGAUGCUCUUACUCUAGCACUAGCACACCACCACCCGAAACAGAGGAAUCUCGUCCACAAGUGGUGGCGGCCCGUGGAGACAGCAUCAUAGCGGUGGCCAACCCCGCGCUGCAGCCGCCGCACCACCACCCGCCGCACCCUGCGCGGAACCACUCCAACUGACCACUGACCAUCUCACUACUAAUGGCCAUCUCUCACCACCACUAAAACAUCAGGAUUCAGAAGAACAAAAGUGGUAGCAGAGCGUCGAGACAGCAUCCUAGCUUAACUAAAGUGACCUCUCAAUUUUAUAUAACUACGAGUAUGUGUAAAAAUCCUUUUUCAAUUUUGAGUAAGCAACAGUUCUUUUACUCUCAAGGAAACAAAUUCCACCAAAAACAUUUUUAAGCUAUAAAUAUGAUGUAAAUAGUUUGUAGAUUAUUUCGGAAGCCAUAUAUGCCUUUUAGUCAUUAUAUUAUUUAUGUAAGUCAGUUGAAAUGUGUUGGAUGGUUUUAAGGCUUUGUACCAUAAGACUAGGGCUUUACGAAAAUCACUCAGCGGGCGAUUUAGAGAGCCAUGCUUGGAGUCUCUACGUGAUCAAAUCAGAAAUGAGCAGAUCCGUAGGAGAACCAGAGUAACCGACAUUGCUCAAUGGAUUUCGAAGCUGAAGUGGCAAUGGGUAGGGCACAUAUUCGAAUUUCUGAUAGAGGUUGGGGUCCCAAGGUUCAAGAAGGGCGACCGUGCGCCGAAAAACGCAGCGUUAGAAGACCCCUCCACUAGGUGGACAGACGAUAUCAAACAAGUCGCAGGAUUCUUAGCAGACUGGUUUGAUAUUGAUGAUUUAACAGGGC